AAGAGCCAGUUUCUCCAGAGUCCAGGACAUUAGUGGAUGUUGAAUCAGCCUACUGGCAGAGAUCACACACUGAAGGAUUACUCAUCUUCAAAGAUGAUGAAGAUUAUACCAAGAGACUCCAUCACCUUAGUUGUUGGUUGGAUUGUACUUUUCAUGGGUGUAAACUCUGUCAAUAUCUCUGCGAUGGAUACUCCAACUGAAAGCACAGAUGCCUCGACUCCACACUCUUUGACUUCUGUUAUCAUGGAUCUCAGAAUCACAAACCGUGUUUAUAAUCAUUCACUGGCUGACCAGCAAUCAGCAGAGUAUACAACACUCAAGCAAGAGGUGGAACAACUGUUUGCUGAUAUUUAUGAACGAUCAUAUGACACCACUCAUCUGAUAUAUUUGGGGACUGAUGAGAUAAUAUUCAGUAAUGGGUCUGUGAUAGUCACUUCUCGUCUGCUGUUUGGGCCGACUCAAGCCAAUCCAGAGCUUGUGAGAGGAAUCUUUUUUCCUGCGUACAAACAAAUACCAUCGCCGGCAUUAGAGAUCGACCUCAGCCACAUUGAAAAUGAACAACCAACUGAAGAACCUCUUGAGGAAGAGAAGAUCUUCAGCAGACCACCGACGACAACACAUAAAGAAACAACCUUUACGACCAUGCCCUCUGUGACCACGCCCCUCACUUCCACUCCUGACAUCACGAUGGACACUGAAUCCUUCACCAGCCCUCUUCCAUCCACACACUCACCCAACAUGUCAACCUCCUACCCAUUGGGCUCCAGUGCUGUUGUAGGAAAUAUCACAAACUCUAUCCACUCCACCACAUCCAUACCCUUUAACACCACCACAAUGCACCUAAACACCACGACCAGCACACCGAUGGAUAAUACAAGUAUUUCUACAGCACCCAACAGCUCCACCAAUGCAGUAACCAAUGGGACAACCACAGAAGUCCCCAAUGGGACCACCACAGCAGCACACAUUGGCACCAUCCCUGCAGCUUCCAGUGGCACCACCACCACUGUAACCAUCACCUCAGUCCCAAAUAGCACCACCACCACCACCACCACAGCCCCCCAAAACACCGCCACUGUAGUCCCCCAAAGCCCAUUUACCUCGAUCCACAGCACUGUUGGGAAAGCGACAACCAGCUCCACCAAGUUUACAACAGCACAGCCCUUAAGGACCACAACCAUGAACCAUUCACCUACUACAAAGGUCACUGUUUUGGUGCCUGGAUGGGCGGUAGCCCUUUUAGUGCUGGCGGCUGUCAGCCUCUUCCUCCUCAUCAUUCUCAUCAUUCUGGUGGUGAUCUGGUGCUGUUGGCCAAAACGAAGAGUUUUCAUGAACGAAGCUGAAGAGAUGAAUCCUCCCAUGUACUUCAAUCCAGACAUCCCUAUGUAUUCAACACAAAGCACAUUUGAUACAUCCAACGGCAAACAAGUGGUGCGAUCCUUUUCAUUACUUAUUCUGAUACAACGCAUUUUGUAUUUUGUACAGUUUGGUCAUGAGAGUGAAACUAGAUUUUAUAACAAAAGUGACUCCCUUAAAUUUUCAAGACUUGUAACCAAAUUUUGGAAGCGAAUGGGCUAUACUGUAUGAACAGAAUUGGCAAACUUGUGCUUUGAUGGUUAUUUUUGCUUUCGCUAAAUCUAAAUCUAUUUUAAAUAGUUAAUUAAAAUAAAGGUGAAAUAAAAAAUAAUUAUUAGAUUACUUAAAAUAUUAUAUAACUUGACAAAUUUAACAACUUAAAAUAAGUUCAAGUAUUAACAUGAUUUAACUAAAAUAACAAAUCUAAACAGAAAUGUAUAUAUAUAAAAAAAAUUAUUAAACAAAAUUACUAAAACACAAAUGAAAGCUGAAAACAUAAAAAUAAUUCUAAAUUCAAAAUAUUGGGGAAAAAAAUGGUACAAUCUCAGAAAAAAAGGUACAAAAGCUCCCACUGAGGGUAGUACCCUUUCAAAAAUGACUAACAUUCACCGUUUAGGUACUAAUAUGAACAUUUUAGAGUAGUAUUGUGUAUCUUCACAAGUCCAAAUUCACACCCUUUAGGCAUAAAAUAUGUACAAGUAAGUUUUGAAAAGGUACCCUAGUGACAGCUUUUGUUCCUUUUUUCUGAGUGUACACAAAGAAUCCAGAACCAAACAAUACAGAACAAAAACUGAACCACUGCAUUUUUGAUGCAGAAUGAAAGUAGCAGUAAGGAUUUAAUAGCACACUCAAAACACACUGAUAUUUACAAUAGUUAUCAGUUACAGGAUUUACUCUUAAGUUAAAGCAGGGAUUAGGAGGUUACCUGCUGGUACAGACAUAAUGGAUCAGCUCUUGCCUGCUGCUGUAAGAACAGGACAAUUUGAGUCUCACACCUGUUAGUAAAAGCAGGUAGUGAAAACGCUGACUGUGUGAAAGCAACCUUAUGAUCAGAAAGCAUCAAGAAACCUGUAAAGUAAUGCCAAAGCAUGCAGCUCUUUAACCCUUUCACAACAAGCCAGAGACAUUUAACUAUAAAUAAUAGAAUUGCAGCUUUGUUGUGGAGGGAAACAGAGGGGGUUUCAGAAGGGUUCUCCAUCAGCAUCUCUGUCCAUGUAAAGCACAGACCCCACAAUCACAGAUCAGAACUAGGGAAAAUUGGCUACUGUUACCUGGCGUUCCAGUGUCCCCAUCACCUGCACAGGCCCCUCUUUGUGCGGCUCUGACUAAGAAACCUGAAGCGUGGGAAACUCGACUCUCGUUCAGAGACUGUGAGGCCUCCAUCUGCGUCUCCUCCAUCGUUCAGUAGCCCCGGCGUCACUGCUCACAAUGCCCUGCCUACAUUCGAACAAUAACAGGAGCCAGGAGAGAAAGACUUAAGCUUUGAAUCCAACCCUCAUUCAGGCCUCCAGGGCUGAAUGCAUCCGAGCAGCAGGUUUUGGUGGAAAAGCUGAUCAUAGAAGAGAAUGAUUAACUGAACGGAGCUGAACAGAGGCGUUUGUUAGGGUACUGGCAUUUAUAUUAAUAACAAGCUGGAUGAUUCACAGUGAUGAUAUAAAUAUAAUUAUCUAAAUCACCCGAAACAGCCCAACCCAUAUGGCCUCAGACACACACACAAAAAUAGAGGAACAAUAAACAA